AUGAGCCAUUCCAUUCUUGUAGCAACUUGUGUUUUAUUGGUUACCAUAACAUUCAUUGAUGCAAUUGUAACCAAUAAUGAAUUUGUUUCAUGUAUGACCAACUUCGUACUCCCAUUUGCUAAUACCUCAAGAUAUGUCUUCACUGAAGACAUGCCAAUGUAUUCAUCCCUUGUGUUGUCUCAACACAACCCUCGAUGUUCAAAUUCGACUCUGUCACAGAAACCAUUAGGGAUCGUUAUGCCUCAAAACGAAUAUGAGAUACGAGCGGCUAUCCUGUGUAGCCAAAAACAUGGGUUGCAAGUCAGAGUUAGAAGUGGAGGCCAUGACUAUGAAGGGUUGUCAUACCUUUGUAAAACAUCUUUCGUGGUUAUCGACAUGAGCAACCUUCGCUCAAUUAGUGUUGAUAUACAUGAUGAAACUGCUUGGGUCCAAUCCGGGGCAACACUAGGGGAGCUUUACUACAGCAUAGCACAAGAAAGUCAUACUCAUGGUUUCCCAGCAGGGAUAUGCCCAAGUGUUGGUGUUGGGGGACACUUCAGUGGUGGCGGGUUUGGUGCUAUGGUGCGGAAAUAUGGCUUAGCGGCUGAUAAUGUCGUUGAUGCUUACUUGGUAGAUGCCAAGGGACGCUUUCUAGAUAGGGAAGCAAUGGGUGAAGAUUUGUUUUGGGCGAUAAGAGGUGGAGGCGGCUCAAGUUUUGGUGUAAUUGUCUCUUGGAAAAUUAAACUUGUUCGAGUUCCGCCAACAGUUACUGUGUUCAAUGUUCACAAGAACAUGGAUCACCACACCAAUGAAAUCAUCCAUCAUUGGCAAAACGUAGCGUAUAAGAUGAGAAAUGAGUUGUUUAUCAGAUUAGUCAUUCAAUAUAUUCAUGACAAUAAGACUACACCUGUUCAAGCGCUAUUCAACUCACUUUUCUUGGGAGAACUCAAAGACCUACUCCCGCUGAUGAACGAAAGUUUCCCUCAACUAGGUUUAAAACCGACCGACUGCAUGGAAAUGAGUUGGAUAGAAUCAGUUCUUUACUUUGCCGGCUUAGAAAAAUCCCCAAAACUAUUACUAGGAAACAAAACUGACCCUUACGUGAGCUACUUCAAAGCAAAAUCCGAUUUUGUGACAAAACCUAUACCAAAACAAGUAUUUGUAGAUAUUCAGGAAAAGUUUCUUCAACAGAAGCUUGUUUUCAUGAUAAUGGAUCCGUACGGUGGGCGGAUGAGUGAGAUUUCAGACGCCCACCUCCCAUUCCCUCACCGAAGAGGGACUUUGUACAACAUACAAUAUUUGGUCAAAUGGGAAGUCAACGGUAUCCGGGCGUCAAACAAGCAUAUACAUUGGUUAAGGGAGUUGUACAAAUAUAUGAAGCCUUAUGUUUCAAAACACCCGAGACAUGCAUACCUUAAUUAUCGCGACUUAGAUCUGGGAACAAACAAUCAAGGCAACAUGAGUUACUCUGAAGCUAUUGUUUGGGGUGAGAAGUACUUCAAGAGAAACUUCAAGAGAUUGGCACGAGUUAAAAGCAUGAUAGAUCCAGAUAACUUUUUCAGAAAUGAACAAAGUAUCCCCCUUCAUCAAAACUAA